AUGAAUAAUUCAAACGGUAAUUCGAUUUAUUCGCAAAUUUACGAAGGAGAAAGCGAUUUAAUAGAAGUAAAAAAUUAUUUUGAUGAUUAUUCGCGAUCUCUUAGUUCAUUCGUAGAACUUUCAUCGUGCGAAAAUGAUAAAUGUAAGGAUUUUAACGAUGGGAAAACUACUUGCGGUGAAUCAAAUUGUAAAAAUGAUGAAAUAUAUAAAAAAUUUUUAGAAAUUACAAAUGAAGAAUUGGAAAAAUUAAAAGAAUCUACAAGUAUUGAUAAUUUAAAAUGUGAUAACGAACCGGUUAACUGGAAUUUAAAAAGUUCAAAUGGUGAUAAAACGACGACCAUUGAAGAACCAAACAGUCAAUUGGUUUCGGUUAAUAAAAAACACGAAAUGAUUUAUUUAACCAAAGUGCAACUUCGAAGACUGAUGUACAAAUAUUGCAAUUAUGAAUGGUACAAAAGCAAAAAAAAAAUUAUGAACAAACCAAGUUAUGACACGCUUAAAUUUCCAACAAUAUUAUUUUCAAUAAAAGUAUAUCAUCCAUUAUUAAACACUCCACAUAAUUCAGGUCAAAAUUUUAAAGUUAAACUCCUUCAGGAAAUUCAAAUACUAGGAGAUCAAACACUUUCAGAAUUUAAAGACAAAAUCGUUUGUCCUCUCGAUUACAUGGCACUUAAAGAUCUCAGCGAUGAUUGUUUUUUAGCUAAUGUUGGAUGCGAAUAUGAUAUUGCUAAGAAAGAAUAUCCUUCAUCGUUUAUUUUCAUCGAAGAUGUUUUUUAUGUCGAUUCGAGAAAUUCACAAAUGAUUGAUUUAAGUAAAGAAAUAAAAGAAUGGGCAACUGGAAAACAAUUGGGAACAUUUCAAACUUCAAAAAUGGAAACGACUACAAUGUCUAGUUUAAAUAUUCGAGUGGGAAGACCAUAUGUUUAUCAACACAUGGGUAAUUGCGAACAUAUUAUAAUGUUUUCAGAUGUCAGAUUGUUAGAUUCGAAAGAUCCAACAAGGAGAAGUGAUUUUCCUAAAAUUCAUGGGCUAGGAAGAAAUUAUGGAAAACAUUGCAUGAUGUGUUCUGAUUUUUAUGCAAAGUGGCUCGUUGUUGGAAACAAAAGGCUUACACAUGAUAAAACAUUUUUAUGUCAUAAUUGUUUUUUAUCAUAUAAUUACAUAAACAAACAAAAAAUUGGAGAUUUUAAAGCUUAUAAAUAUAAAGAUUUAAUAGCUUUGUUAUAA